AAACAGAGCCGAUCUCCCCAAAGCAGGUCUUUGUUUACAUUUUUCCUGCACAGCCGAGUCUGCAUUUGCUUCAGCGCUGGACGCAAUUAAAGGCAACAACGAAAUGGCAAUUGACCCAUCCCUCACAGAAACUGACAUUUUCGACGAAGUAUUAAAAUAUGGAUUGUUCUUGGGUGCCAUAUUUCAGCUAGUGUGCAUCGGGGCAGUGAUAUUCGUUCCGAGCCGAGAUGACAAGCGGGAUGGUGAUUCAAGUGACGAUGAUGGUUCUGACCAUGGUUCACCUCAUACAUCACCUCCACACAGAGGUCACAAUCAACAUCACCGCCGCAAACAGGACAAGAAAAAGAGGCGUUAGUUUAGCUGUGUGAUAAAAAUUUGUUUGCAGCUUUACUCAUUAGAAGAAUCUCAAAUCAUCUUAAGGUCUUUGGACAUUGACUAGUGGUAAAUCUCUAUGGAGAAUGCUCAGGAUUUGUUGUGCUAUUUCAUCAAGUCCCUAAUCUCACAACUCAGAUCUUAUAAUAACCAUGUAAUAAAAUCUUCUGAAUGUAAGUCCAACUUUCCAUGAUUCAAAAUCAACUGAAUAUCUUCAAGUUUACAGUUUUAUCUACUUUUCCUGUAUUACAAAAUUCCAAGAUUGUAUAGAAUAUCUCAUCUUUGGCAGCUGCAGAAUGUUACACUAUAGUUCCAUAUAUUGUAUAAAUAUCUUAGUAAGGUUGUCAUAUAUUGUGUCAUUAGUCUUUCCUUGUAUGAGGGAGCUAUUCUGGACAAAGUCAACAUUCUCCUCUCAUUCUUUAAUACAUUUUUGUGCAAUAUAGUAUAUAGCUGUUACAUGUAAUAAUAGUCCCCCUGUUGAUAUUAUAAACAUCAUUAUUGAAGUUGACAAAGUAGUACAAUGCUUUGCUUCAAGGGUUCUGGCAUAUUUUAUCAUGUUAGAGAAUUUAUUUAAGACUGUUAGGUGUGAUUGAGACAUUUUGGACUUAACAUUUUGACCUCAUGUUAAAUUGAUGCUAUUAAUUUUUUUAUAUUGCUCUGUCUUUUAGCUUUAGAGUUCAAGGUAGUCUUAGAAGACACUAUUGUCAUCUAUCAUUUGAAUUAUGUAGCUGCACACUGAGCAAGCAGUUACUCUUCAUACUUAAGGUUAAAUGUAGUACAAAAGUAAACUAAAUCUUGUUUCUAGGGAAAGCUUCGCAUAGAGCUUGUCUGUGUUGUAGACCAUAUGCAUUUGCUUUAUUCAAGAAUGCUUUGCUUCUUCACAUCUUUGAUAUUUACUUUUUGGUACAGUAUUUCCACAUUUCAACUCUUAAAACAAUGUUUGAUUGUGGGCACAGAUAAAUUAGAAAUUGUCUGGAAAUAUGUUAAUUUUCCUUUAAGCAUGAGGUAAAGAUUGACUGAAUACAUUAUGUAAGAUUAAUCAGACCACUGAACCAAAUCGAAAAAGUGGUUUGAAAGGCAGUUUACGUAAGUGGAUUUCAAAAAUUUCAAAAAUUAACCAAAGACACCAAAGCUUUUGUCAAUGAAAAAUGCAUUCUUGAAAUUAUACCCUCUAAACUUGAAUUGUUUUUGGACAGCUUAUGGACAGCUUGUUGAUGUUACAAUAACCAUAUUUAACACUUAAGUUGAAGACAAAUCAUUCCUAUUUUACAAGGAAAUUGCUGCGACUUUUUGCAUAAAAUUUUUUCUAUAACAUUCAAUUUAGAAAGAAUUUAGGAUGUAAACAUACUAAAAUCAAAUCUUUUGUGCUAUUCAUGAGUGAUGAUACACUGUAAUAGUACUGUAAAAUGCUCUAAAUUGAAGUUGUGCAGUUAUUGAAUAUGUAAUAAUGACUGUAACUUCCAGGUCAGGGCAUUACAAGAGACGAAUUUUCCCCAUCAGAUAGUAGGUAUGGGUAAAUUCAAUAGCAUGCAACAAGGUCGCAUUAGUGUAAAUGUAAAAUAAAAGUUCUGAGGUUUUUCUUUUGUAAUGAUACAUUUUGCUUUGUGGAAUACAUUGAUUGUAACCCCAUCAAUGCCAGCUGGUUUACUCAUUCACAUUAUAUAGCCAGCAGCUUUCUUUAGGUUGGCUGAAUGGUUGGUAUACUUGAUAAAACUUAAAAAUUGGGGGUUUUGUGCACAAUCCUUUGGGAAAUGAAUGGAAAUUUCUGCUUUUGGUAAUUUUGGAAACUGCUUUAUAUGAAGGAAUCUCAAUUGCCUGUGAUUUUUGUGUACAGUAUUGUGAAUUAACUUUUCUUUUGUUGUUGAGUGUUGCCAAAAGAUCCUGUUAAGUUUGUAGUGGGGUUUUUAACAGUAAGUAAUCUUUUAUAGGUAAAGUUUUAUUUGUAUUUGUUGAAAAUGCCCGCAUUGUUAUGAUAUUGUUUUAUCUGUUCUGAAUUAAGUGAAGUAUUGAACCGAUUAGGAUUUUAUUUACUGAUUAGCUUUGAAAUUAUUAGUUUUGAAGAUAUCUUUCACUGAUGAGCAUUUAAAGCUAUGUUUUUGUUAAAUGCUAGUAUGUAUAACAUUCCAGAUUUAAUUGUUUUUUUUUUUUCUAAUAUGUACUUUUUCAAUUUUUCUAAUAAAUUAUUGAAUAAUA